AUGAUAGACCAGGACCCCGAGAAGAAACCACAGAUGUUGAAGGGUGGUGUCAAGGAAAUCUUCCGUAUGCGCAUUAUUGCCAUGGCUAUCAUCGUGUCGAUGGGUGGUUUCAUCUUCGGAUAUGACACUGGUCAAAUAUCUGGAUUUUUGGAAAUGCCCGACUUCCUGAACAGAUUCGCGGAUCAAACAGACCCUGAAACAGGCGGGCCUGCUUUCAGCAACUGGAAGUCUGGGUUGAUUGUCGCGCUGCUUUCGAUCGGUACCCUGAUGGGUGCUAUAAUUGCCGCCCCCAUCGCCGACAAAUUCGGCCGCAAGUAUUCCAUCGUCUUCUGGAACAUCAUCUUCUGCAUCGGAGUCAUUGUCCAGAUUACUACAACAAAUACAUGGUACCAGAUCUCCCUUGGUCGCUGGGUCGCUGGUUUGGGUGUAGGAGGACUUUCGGUCCUUACACCAAUGUACCAGUCCGAAACCGCACCACGUUACGUGCGAGGUGCACUCGUAUCGUGUUACCAACUCUUCAUUACCCUUGGGAUUUUCACCGCUUACUGCAUCAAUUUCGGUACCGAAGAUGAUGGCAGCUCGGCUUCAUGGAAGAUUCCAAUGGGCGUUGGUUUCAUCUGGUCAGUACUCAUGAUGGUUGGAAUCUUCUUCAUGCAGGAAUCUCCACGAUGGGAAUACCGCAAGGGCAAGGUUGACGAAGCGACACAUACCAUCGCCCUUACGUACGGUGUUUCCCAGGACCACCCAGAGGUCCAGCGUGAGGUCCAGGAAAUCCAGAAGAAAUUGGAGGCGGAGCAAGCGGGAGGCGGUCACCACCCUUGGUACGAGAUCUUCACAGGACCGCGCAUGUUGUAUCGCGUGUUGCUUGGUAUUAGUCUGCAAGCUCUUCAGCAGCUUACAGGUGCCAACUACUACUUCUACUAUGGAACCACCAUCUUCCGGUCCGUCGGUAUCUCAAACUCAUUCGUCACCUCCAUGAUCCUCGGAGGAGUCAACUUUGGCAUGACCUUCCCCGGUCUAUACAUCGUCGAAAGGUUCGGACGGAGACCAGCACUGAUCACUGGAGCCUUGUGGAUGUUCAUGUGCUUCCUCGUCUUCGCCUCGCUGGGUCACUUUGCUCUGGAAAAUGACGAUGGCACAUCAAACCAGGGUGUCGGAUAUGCCAUGAUUACCUUUGCGUGUCUCUUCAUCGCAGGCUAUGCCAUGACAUGGGGACCAAUUGUUUGGGCAGUGGUCGGAGAAAUCUACCCUAGUCGAUACCGUGCGAAGGCAAUGGCUCUGGCAACGGCUAGUAACUGGACGUGGAACUUCCUAAUCUCUUUCUUCACGCCCUACAUCACGGCUGCUAUCGAUUAUCAAUAUGGAUAUGUCUUCGCCGCCUGCUGUUUCCUCGGUGCUAUAGUGGUCUACUUCUUCGUCUGCGAAUCUCACGGCCGCACCCUCGAAGAGAUUGAUACCAUGUACAUCCUCCACGUCACACCAUGGAAGAGCAAGCACUGGACUCCCACUCCUGGUGAGGAGCUGCCGAAUUUGGACAACACCUACUUGACGCCUGGAGGAAGAGGCAUCAAGAAGACUAACGAAGCGAGAGCUCCGGAACAAUUGCGAAGGGAGAGUGUGCCCGUCACUGAUGCGGAUAUGCAGGCCAGUGGUGCGAGGCGAGACGAUUAG